CACGUUGCCUCUCUCAGUUGCUCCAUUUCAGAGUUGCCGGUCGCGUUAUAUGUGGUUAACAUUCAUAAGCAUGCUAAUAUCAGAGCAAAGGGUGUUAGCAAAGAUAGAUUCGUCAAACAAGAAAGCUGAAGAUCUUUCAAGAGAGCUACACCAGCAGAUUGCAAAUACCCGUGCUGAACACACCAAGGCAAUGAAAGAAGUUGAAAAAGCUAAUGCUGUGCAUGCUACGCGCAUCGCUAGCCUGGAGGACGGGGCUAAUGCCUACACAGACAUGGUCGUCGAACUGGAAAACACAGUGAAAUCACUCACCUCCCAAGUAAACCAGCUGGUGGCUACGACAGAAGAUUGGAAUCUAGGCAGCGGAGAGACAACUGCAGAGUCACUGGCGUGGAUGAAGGCUUUGGUGAAACGCGACCGCAGCUUGCUGUUGAUAAGAUGCUACAAGAUGCGCUAGCCCUCGACUACUCUCCGAAGUUGGACCGGCCUCACAGGAGUCUGCAGCCCAAGCGGAAAGAUGGGAACCCAUCUAGACCCAUUGUGGUUAAGUUUCACUACUUCCAGGAGAAGGUGGACGUCCUGCGGAAAUCUGUGGCAGCGGGAGCCAUCUUUCACAACAACAAGCGGAUCCACAUUUACCCCGACUACACACCCUCGGUGAGGGCGAAGCGGGCUGCCUUCAAUGAGGUCAGGGGGCUGCUGCGCCACUGCCCUGAGGUCAAGUAUGGCAUCUUGUACCUGGCUAUACUUUGGAUAACUACUCCAGAAAUCGCUUGAUAACGCAUCCGAGGCCAGAGCCUACGUUAUGAGCAACUUACAGCCACGAGAUUCGGAGACGGAGUGAGUAUUAUGUGCUCAAAACAGAACAAAAUAAUCGUCUGUUUCCAGCCAGCAUGCUAGCAUAAUAGCUAACCACUAUGUCUAACCUGCUAGCCGCUGGGCAGCUGGACAUUAUCUAUCAGCAUUAUAUGCUGGAUGCUUAGGCACAGACCCUCACUUAAUGUGUCCCCGUCCCCCCCAAUGUUGAAAUGAAAGUUAUGCUCAUGCUCAGAAGUGUCGGGCCGGCCACGCCCCCCGCCGUUGGAUGGUCUCCAUAAUGUGGUUAUUUCUCCUGCAGUGAUCUGUGAUGGCUGAUUUUAAGUUUUCUUUAUUCUUUGUAUUGAAUGAUCUUCCUGUUCCUCCGAUGUAUGUUUUCUUGCAUGAUUUGCAUGGUAUUUCAUAUAUUACACUGCAUUUUUUGUCCGGUUCUAUUUUGUCUUGCAGGUGUAGGCCUACUAGCAGCUGACAGAGUUUUGUAUGUGGCUUUACGGCUGUGUUGAUGUGAUGUUUUUUCAUGAUCUGUUGUAUUGGUUCUGUUAUCCCCCGGAUGUUGUGUCUUUGUUUUUAUUGUCAGGUUUUUGUGUGUGUUUUGUUUUCCUUUCUUCUUGCUUCUUCUCUUUGGUUUUAACUUGUUUUCAUUUGUUCAGGGCCCAUCUGGGAUGUGAUGUUCUGAUGUCCAGAGGAGGUACUGGUCCAUGUGUGUGGGUUUCCUGUAAACUGUGAUUUUAAUGCUGCCGUCUUCUCUGUGGUGAAUGUUCAUGUCCAGAGAUGAUAUGGUCUCUUUACGAGCGGGCCAGCAUCAUAACUGAGGUUAAAGAACAAUAUGGAACAAUUUUAAAAAGUAAACUUAACUCAAUAAAGAGCUGUGAUGGAAACACUGAUAAAACAACACAAAAUAAUAUAUGAACAGAUAUACAUAUAGAUAUAUAGAUACUUACACACAUCACAGUAGGAGACUGUUGAUUAGCAGCUUACUGUGACACACAGACAGUGGUGGGAAGUAACUAAGUACUGUACUGAAGUACAACUUUGAAGUACUUGUACUUUACUUGAGUAUUUCCAUGUUAUGCUACAUUUUACUGUAAGUGUAAAGGGUUAAAAUGUAUUUACAGGAUUUUUUUGUUGUUUUUUGUUUUUUUUAAAUGACUUGAGUUGAAUGUGUUUAAAAAGUCACUGGGACUAAAGUACAGUUCAUAUGAGGCUGUGGUUCAGUUCAUGUCUAAAAUAACAAGUUAAAUGUGUUUAAAACUGUAACUUAAGACCUGUUUAUUUUAUACACCUGAAUGGGAAAGGAGCCACAGACUAACUGAACAGCAGAGUUCCUCUAUGGCUGACUGCCAGUAAGAGAGUCAUCACAUAUAUGUUAGAACCAUUAAGUUAACCAAUCAACUUCCAUCAGUCACUCUGAUCAACCAAUCACACUUCAGCAGUUUCAUAGAGCGUGCGCUGUUUGCAACACCAUCACCACUAAGUGCCUGCACUGAGACACAGAGGAAGACAUCUUACCAUCUACCCACCAAAAAUCUCCACCUGCUAACUUUUACAUUGGUGCAGAAUUCAACUUUUGGACCUUUCCGGUGUGCCAGAUGAAACAUGAGGGAGAAGAUGAUGUGCAUCAUCCUGCUGCUCAUCAACCUGACCUCCUGUGUCUGUGGAACAUCUGUAGUCAAUGUGACACAGACCUCCUAUCAGGCAGAGGAGAACCACAACAUCACACUGGAGUGGAUGUUCACCACCAAACCUGGCAGCUCCCUCAAGCCCCUUUUGAUCUACUGUGAACUGUUAACUGAUCUCAGAGCCUCAGUCCUGUUUCAUCUACAUGAAGGUGUUGAGGUCCCAGAGUCUCAGGAUGAACAGUUUACAGGACGAGUCCAGUGUGACAAAGACGUCCUCAGAGAGGGACGACUCAGACUUCAUGUGUCCAGACUCAGGACUGAUGACUCAGGCCAGUAUAUGUGUGAAGUGUUCACAAAUUAUGGCAGCAGCACUGCUACAUGUCGGCUCACUGUCACUGCAGCAAAGGCUUCGUCCAAACCUGUGAGACCAAACCCAACAAGUGCACAAUCACAGGGUUGGGAAUGGAUCAUCCUAUAUUGUUUCCUGGGACUGAUACCAGCAGCAGCAGGCCUGGUUUUGGGUCACUUUUUGUACAGACGCUUUCGGCUUCGGAAAUGGAGACAAAGAGUAAGACAAAGACCAGGACAAGGACAAGAGUCCAACAGUUCCAUCAAUACUCUUAAUAAUUUUAAGCCAAGACAACCAGAUUCCUGCUCAGAUCAUAGUGAUGGAUCUGAGUCAGCUCCACACUCUGUACAUGCAUCACUGGAAACAGCUGCAACGAUAAAUUCAAUGAGACAAGACUGUUCAAUUUAAUACCACAGAGAAACAGAAAAUACUACUUUCCCAUUGGCUGGCAGGGAGUAGAACUGCAUAUCAGGAUAUACCAGCAGGUGACAUUUGAUUAAUUUAUCUGACACUAUUAUCCAACAUGAUUUACAAUAAGUGCAUUCAACCAUGUGAAUAUAACCCAGAAAGGGCAAGAAUCAAGCAAGUACCUAAUUUCUGAGGCGGCUGUGGCUCAGAGGUAGAGUGGGUCAUCCACCAAUCGACAGAUCAGCGGUUCGAUCCUGGGCUCCUCCAGGCUGCAUGUCUAAGUAUCCUUGAGCAAGAUACUGAAUUGCUCCCGAUGGCUGUUCCAUCGGUGUGUGAGUGUGUUAAAACCGAGUAGCAGGUGGCACCUUGUAUGGUAGCCUCGGCCACCAGUGUGUGAAUGGGUGAAUGUGACUUGUAGUGUAUAAAGCGCUUCGAGUGGUCAUUAGAUGACUAGAAAGACGCUACACAAAUGCAGGUCCAUUUACCACUUACCAUCCAUUUCCAUCAAAUAAGCUGAACUGCUUCAAGUGCAUUUAGAAAUAAUAGGAAAACGAGAAAGUUUGGGUGAGCACAUUCACAGCACAAUAGUCAAGUACCAGUGUCUUGAAAAAAAAAAAAAAAAAUUGUAAUGUGGUGUUUAAACUCAGAUGUACAGUUACUGUUUUAUUUGUGUCUGUUACAGCUGGCUGUUAUUUUUUACUGUCUGUUAUUUACGGUCAUUAUUUCAUUGUAUGUAUGCUCAAAAGAAAAGCUCUGAGUUGUUAACACUGGUAUUAAUAUUAUAGAGCAGCAGAGGGAGCUCUUUGGUCUUGUUUGCUCUCCUGUCUGCAGGUUACAGCUGUAAUCGUUUAGACCAGUGGUUCCCAACU